CUCUUUUUCUUUCUAUCUUUUUUAUUAACAAAGGGACUAAUUAACAUUUACAUAAAUUUUUGGAUCGAAGCCCUAGCUCCAUCAAAUCAAAAAAGAAAAUGCAGUCUUGAUGCUUUGCUCUCGUACAAGAAAUUAGAGUCACAAGUUGGAUUGAAGUCGCACUGAACACAAACAAUUGGCCGAAAAACGAGGCCAGACUUCGCCAGAAACAGAGCGCAACUCCUCCAGGUACAUUAUCAUAGAGUUGUUGAGGCAUAUUCUAGCUAUAUAUAUUGUUAGAGGGACUUAUGGAACGUCCAAAUCAUGAUUACGCUGCUGCCUCUGCUAUGGCAUAUGCUCAGCAACAGCGACCGGCUGCUAAUAUGCAACAACAGCAGCCAUUUGGAUUUCAUCCUCAACAUCAACAGUUUCCUUCGGCAAUGCACGGUCCUCCUUUUAUACCUCCAGGUCCUGGUGGUGCUUCACAUCCGUCUAUGCAGCAGUUCCCUUUUCAUCAUGCAAUGCAGCAGCAGCAGCAACUUCAACAGUUGCACCCUCAUGCCCCUCCCCCACCUCAUAUUCUUCUCCAGCAACAGCAGCACCAAGUGCCACCGGCAUUCCCUUCUCAUUAUCCUCACCCUCACGUUCCAUCGCCGUUUUAUGAGACUGCUCCACCACCAGUUGCUCCUCCUUCUGAUCCAGAGCUUCACAAGAGAAUUGACAAACUUGUUGAGUAUGCCGUGAAAAAUGGACCUGAAUUUGAAGCUAUGAUUUGUGAAAAGCAACGAGAUAAUCCUUCUUAUAGUUUUCUCUUUGGUGGGGAGGGUCACGCUUACUACCGUUUUAAGCUUUGGUUAUCAACUCGACCUCCGAGUGGUCCAUUCAACCAACCGUUUCCAUCAUCUUCCAUGUCAAUCAUCCAUCCUUCUCCAAAUCCAAUGAUGAGCCCGUCUCUUAGUGGUCCUCCAAUGAAUCAGGCCGGAAUUGGAUCUUCACCUUCAAUGCUAGGCCAUCCUCCUUUCCAACAGUUCUAUGAUCAACAACACCACCAUCAACAUCCUCAGUCUUUUGGGCUUCAUGGUCGACCUGAGUAUGAUCAGUCAUCCAAGUCUUUCAAAGGGCUCUCUGGGCCACUUCCAGCUGAUGUUGCAAUGGAACUGACUAAUGUUCUUAAUAAUUUAAAUGGUACAAAAGAAUCCAUUAAAGGUGCCAAACUUUGGUUCAUGCAGAGAGCUCCAUUUGCACCAGCUCUAGCGGAGACUCUUAGAGAUAGGGUAUUUUCAUUGGAUGACGUGGAGAGACAGUUACAUAUAAUAUACCUAGCAAACGACAUUCUUUUUGACAGCUUAAAUCGAAGGACAAGCAUUCACGACCUUGACAAUGAGGCCCAUGCGUUUAAACCUGUUUUAGGCUCUAUGCUUGCAAGAAUUUAUCACAAUCCACAAAGCAAUGAGGAAUAUAGGAAAAGAUUGCAACAGAUGGUGGAGUUUUGGGCUUCUAAAGAGGUAUACGAUCAAGGGACUAUAUCUUUACUGAACGGUGAGAUGAUUGGUGGGCCACACUCAACAUUUAAGAACUUAUCCUCUGCUUCGGCAGAUUCAGGUGCAGGAAUACUGCAGACUCCAAACCAUAUUGUCCAACAGUGGCAAGCUGAUAGAGUGGGCUCUGGUUCAAAUGUCUUAGAUCAAGACCGUUCUGAUAAACUUCUGGGGCAAUCCAUGACAUCUCAACAAUUUCUCUCAAAUUCUGCUCCUCCCGGUGCCUUUCCAGGGUCCAUGAGUAUACCAUCUUCUGUCCAACCAACUAAUCCACUUUCUCAUUUAUUGCCCCCUCCAUCAUCCGCCACCGGGGAACAAUUGCCUCCAUAUCCACUGUUCCCACCUGGCCUUAUUCCUGGAAUGGUUAGAAAGAUGCAGAUUGGUAGUGGGGUCCCUUAUUCUUCUAUGAGCCCUUUGGAUAUCCCAACUAUGAUACCACCAUCAACAGUACCACCAUCAGAAAUUCUUCAAAGAGUGUCAAAAUUCUUUAAAGAAAUUGGAGAGGUAAAUCCUUCUGAGGGCCCUAUGAAUACCGAAUCAAGAGACGAGGAUGAUGAAUAUGACAGAGAGCCUCAAACACGAAAGGGAGGUGCAUGCAUACCUCCACCCGCAAACUUGCAGCAGAUUGAUCCAGAGACAGGGACCUAUCCCGAUGGUAGUGUAGAUCAGAAGCCAGGAUCAAGUGGCUCGGGAAGGUUGGGACUCGGUGCCACAGCUGAUCCAAAUGAGGUGAGUCAGUAUGAUGAUGUAUAUACAUCUUACAGGAAGCAGCGAAGCACAAAUUAUCAUACAUCAAUGAGUGCCAGAGCGGCAGUUAGAUGAAAGCACCUCCAAACCUUAUGUCAAUUAGCUUUGUAUCUGCUUUUGUUUCUCUUAAACUGAUAUGUUUUUGUUUGUUAUGAUCCCAUGCUCUUUGUCAUCUGAAUUUAUGAUGAUUAGAUGUACCUUGUUUUUGGUGGAAACUAUCCUGCAAACAUGAAAAAGCACAGUUGGGCACACUUGGUGAUGGUAUAAAAUCAAAAAAUUAUAACAUUUGUUCGAUCAAA